AUGGCGAAGGUUGAGAUCGACGACCCCUUCGUUGAGCCUGAUCCUUUUGCCAAAACCGAUGCAGAGGCCAAGGAAGCUUGCCUUGCACGAGAGGCCGCGCUCGAGUCUGAGCUGGCCAAGUGCAAGGCUACCGCCGCUGCAGCAGGCUCGGGAUCUUCACACCCGAGUUGCGCUCAGUGUGGUAUCUUGGGAAAGAAUGGUCCUGGCCCAUUUCUCUCGGCGUCUGAAGACCGAUUUGGCCGCUUGCAAGGCCGGAUGCGCCGCCGUUGGAGACGCCCUGGUACUUGUCUUCUCUACUACAAGUACAUUGAGGAGUUGGAACCCUCUGGUAACUUUAAAGUUGAAGGCGCAUGGCGCUCGUGGGAUAAGGAGUGUUAA